AACGACUUAAUCAGGCUCGUGCCCACAAACACAGAGCUUGUUUUCUUCCUAAUGUCCGUGUGCUCGGUAGUUCUUAGCUAAGCCUUCCACGAAUGACACUGCUAUAUUUGGAUAUGUGCCUCUUUAUCCAAGACGACAUCGUUCAUUUACAUUCACAUGAAGAAUAUGUAAUCGUUUUGUAACGUAGAAAAGUGAAUGCUUGAACAAGCUAGUAAGAGUGAACAAGCUAGCCAGCUAUUGCUACCCAAAAAUCUCAGUGUGUUUUUUUUUUUGUGGACGCGUUUCUUUUGUCAAGGCUCCAUAGCUAGCUAGCGCUGACUUGUUCUUAAAUUAGCAGAGCCAUUGAGUUUAGUUUGUGCCAAGCCAGAAGAGGAUGAACUGGCUUUUCUCCUCAUCCAAGGGCUCAGGACCUUCCCCACCUAUCAACAGCCUACAGCAACAGAGACAGAGACAGAUCGAGAGCCUGAAAACUGCCCAUUCCAGUCUAACAGAGAUCCAGAAGGAUGUGGAAUACAGAAUACCUUUCACGGUCAACAACUCCACCAUUAGUGUCAACAUCCUGCUGCCCCCCCAGUUCCCCCAGGAGAAGCCCAUGGUGAGUGUAUACCCCCCCGUGGGGCACCACCUUGUGGACAGCAACAAUGGCACCUUAGUCUCCAGCCCCGCCAUCGCCAACUUUGGAAUGCACUCUGACCUGGGGAAGGUGGUACAGAGUGUUCUGGAUGAGUUCUGGAAGAGUCCACCUGUCCUGAUGUCUGGCACCUCCGGCUUCCAGUAUAGCAUGUACAAGCCGUCGGCCAUGCCACCUUACCCCCCCCAGGGUUACCACUAUGGCCCCCGCCCCCCUGGGGGUGCCCCCCCGGGCCUGGAGCCCCCCCCCGGCCCUCCCAGAGCAGCAGCCCCCGCCUACGGCCUCAUCACGGACCUGCCCCUCCCUGUCCCCACGGCCGAGCACCAGGCUGGGAUGAAUGGCCACAUGUACAGGAUGCCUGAGAUCCCAGAGUCGUUUCCUGAGCUGGUGGAGAUGAGUGUGCCCCAGCUGAAGGAGCUGAGUGAGCAAGAGGACGUUCUACUGGAGCUGUUUGUGUCUCUGCCGCAGCUAAAACACAUCACCUCCGACAAGGAGCAGCUGGUCACCAGCAUCGUAGACAUGGCCAAGAAGAACCUGCACCUGGAGCCCCAGCUGGAGGGGAAGAGGCAGGAGAUGCUCUUCAAGUAUGAACAGCUGACCCAGAUGAAGUCAGCCUUCGAGACCAAGAUGCAGAGGCAGCAUGAGCUCAGUGAGGGCUGCAGUCUGAGCGCCCUGCAGGCCAGGCUGAAGGUGGCAGCACACCAGGCAGAGGAGGAGUCGGAGGAAACGGCCGAGAACUUCCUGGAAGGGAGAACAGAGAUAGACGACUUCCUGUCCAGCUUCAUGGAGAAGAGAACGCUCUGCCACAGCAGACGGGCCAAAGAAGAGAAGCUGCAGCAGUCCAUCAACACACACGGCCAGUUCCCUAGCAACCCCUAGGCCCCGCCUACCAGCCCUGCCCCUCACUAAUGGUUUUAUAAAGGUUUGGAGUGUGUGCCAGACAGAAGAGUCUGAGGAGAGCUGCUUGUGUUCCUGCCCGACUCACAAACAUCAGCCGGUGUUCAGAUGUGAAGUGGAACCAGACUCAGCCUGAACUCAAUUCACUAUACAGUUUCCUAUAAUGAUGAUGAAGAUGAUGAUGUGCUUGGAUUUGUAUUGACUUGAAUUAGGAAUAAUGAGAACUACUCUGUGCUGCCCAACACUUUACACACAAACAAUGGAUACUGUAUUUAAAUAAUGUUGAUAAUAGGCUUUCUAAUAAUCAAAGACACACCUUGUAUUAUAUGUUAUUUAAUUUGUUUAGGUGAAUUAAAACCGUUUAGAAUA